AUGUCUACCAUGCCCUUCAUUCAACCUUCCAUCACACCCUUGCCUCCGAACUUAGACGUAUCAGGCCAGACCAUCAUCGUCACUGGUGCCAGCUCGGGCUUGGGACUUGAAUUCAGCCGUCAAUACCUAGUCAGGGGCGCAUCCACGCUCGUUCUAGCUGUUCGCGAUGUCGCCAAAGGCGAGAAGACCAAGACGGAGCUGCUGGCUGACGCAGGGGUUCGCAAGUCAAACCCAAAAGCUGACAUUCGAGUCAUGCAAUUCGACGCCGCGUCUUACGCAAGCACCAAGAGAUUCCUGAUAAAAGCUAAACAGGAACUCAAGCAACUGCAUAUUCUGAUGCUGAACGCUGGCGCCAACGGAGUCACGUUUGCAAAGACAGAGGAUGGCCAUGAACAAUCUAUCCAGGUAAAUCACUUGGCCAACGCAGCGUUGCUUUUCGGGCUCCUCCCUCUGUUAGAGGAGACUGCCAAGCAAACCGGGAAGCCGACUCGUGUUUCGGUUACCGGCAGUCGCAUGUAUGACACUGGCCCUCUCUGCAAAGAGCCAGCGUCGGCGAUGCCUCAAGAUCUCCUUGAAUACCUUGAUGACCCGAAGAAUUACAAAGGUUUCACUCGUUACGGAGACUCGAAAUUACUUGUUCUGUUGUUUAUCCAUCGGCUGGGGAAGAUGUAUGGAUCAGAUAAAGUGAUUAUUAAUAACUUUUGCCCUGGAAUGGUUGAUACACCAAUGACCAAAAACCUUCCUUGGUAUCUUCGUGUCCCAGUUGCUGCACUGAGUACUCUCAGAAGGGCCAGGAAAGUAGAACAUGGUGGAUGGGUUGGCCUUAAUGCUGCUGCAGUGGCUGGCCAUGAGUCUCACGGUCAGCUAAUUGGUGACACUCAACUUGAGCACUUUUACGAUUCGGAUGCUAUUAAGGUAUUGGAAGGAAGGUUGUGGAAGGAUACGAUCAAGGAUGUCGCGGAGGUAACGGAUGUGCCAGAGUGGGCAAAGGCAUGUUAG